CAAUUGGAUAACACACAGACCAGAAACAAGAGCAGGGAGAAGACCCAAAACCUUGAAAUUUAUUUACCUCCCUCCCCAUCUUGCCCUCACUCUUCUUCUCUAUUCCCCUGCCUGCCCUUCCCCUUCCCCUUCCCCUUUCUUCUUCGCCCAUGGCUUCUCGGUCUACCUUUUUUCAUCUCUUCUCUGCUUGCCUCACUGUCUUCUUGUCCUUUCAAUUGGCUUCUUCUUCUUCUUCUUCUUCUUCUUCACCUUCCUUCUGCCCUAAUGACCCCUACUUUUUCCUUUAUGGGCUUCGAUCUCAAUGCCCUUUCUCCACCUCCCCCACCCCACUUCUUCAGGUGAAUGGAGAUUUCCUCGAUGGAAUUAUUUCCAAUCAGCUGACCAGAAAUGUUGCUGUACUCUUUUAUGCCUCCUGGUGCCCGUUUUCCCUUGAGAUGUUUCCUGCAUUUGACAGCCUCAAUUCAUUAUUUCCUGAAAUUGAGCACUUGGUGAUUGAGCAGUCUUCAGCGAUGCCAAGCGUCUUCUCAAGAUAUGGGAUUUAUAGCUUACCAUCUAUAUUGAUACUGAACCAGACGUCGAGGGUGCAUUAUCGUGGUCCAAAAAAGUUUGCUUCUCUUGUUCAAUUUUACCAGAGAACAACAGGAAUGGAGCCACUAGAACAUUAUAAUGGUUAUGAGCUAGUUAAGAUUGAUGGUGGCGGCGAAAAAGCAGGCAUCCGGUUAUUGAAAAGUUUGUCGUUUGGUGAAAUAGUGAAAAGGGAAGCUUACUUGGUGUUCUCCCUAAUUUUUCUCUGUUUAAGGGUGUCACUGCUGAUUUUCCCAAAGAUAUUGUCUCAGCUAAAAGCAUUGUGGCUCUCCCAUGCUCUCCCAAUGAACCUGCAAGUGUUGGGUGAGACGAGCCAGAUAAUGGGGCGUGUUCUUCAGACAGUUGACCUAGGAAGAGUUUGGGCCAAGUUAAGACUCAGCAAAACCAGGAGCUUCCAUACGAGUGCUCGGAACGCCCGAGUGUGGGCAUCUUCUUUGGCCUCUGUUUCCUUGGGCAAGUCUUCUUCUUCUUCUUCUUCUUCAGGCUCUAUCUAGAUUUGACGACCUUAAAUCUUGUAAAAUUUGAGAAUGGAAUUUGGGUGGCCUUUGUCUCAUUAACACGCCCUUACGUCAGACCAAUCCAUUCAUAUGCCUCUCUCUUUUGUCUUUCCUUCCAUUCAGUUCUCUUGCGUUUUUUCUUCUUUUCUUCUUUCUUUUCUUUCUUUUCUUUCUUUUCUUUCUUUUCGUAUCUUAAUACAUAGGGAAAAAAAAAAAAAAAAAAAAAGGAACAGGCUUGUAAAUUUGAGGAGUGCUUUCUUUUGUUUUGUUGUAUAUUGUCGUGAAAGAAUGUUUCAUCGUACCAAUAAUCACCUGUAUCAACAUUAUUGUGAAA